AGACUAAAAAGUAGGAAUCAGCUCAGCAGAAUGACCAGAUCUUGGGAACUGAGAACUGGGAACAUCAACACCACCACCACUACCACCAUCGUUCAUAUCUCCAAACAGGGGAAUUCUCUUUUUCGCUUUUUCAGUGGUGUGGGGACUCUGUUAAAAGUCGUUUACUCUCAUUCUCAGUCUCAGACACACAGAUAGAGUUCAUCUUCUUUUCCCAACUUCAAUAUAUCAUCUCUUCUUCUCUCCCUCUCUCUCUCUGAUUUCCCUUCACUUCUUUCGCCUCCUCUGAAGAGAAUUUUAACUCCAGGUAUGAUUACUUCCCCUCUUUCACUACUUCCGUUGUUUUCAUUUCAAUCUUGGUGAAUGACGAGAUGGCUAGUUGUAUUGGGUUAUUUUCCCUCUGUGUUUUGAGUGUCCUUUGGGCUCGAUCCGUCAUAGCUUCCUUUGUCCCUGUAGACUGUUUUUUUAUCGACUGUGGGGGAAAUGAAACACGAAAGCUCGAUGAUGGUCGAACUUUUCAACCUGAUUCCGGGAAUUCGACCGUGGUUCUAUCCCCAACUUCCCACAUUGUGGCUUCAAAGAAUGUAACGGGCCCAUUGGGUUUAUACGCUACUUGUCGGGUUUUUACAGAAACUUCCACCUAUACCUUUACUGUUAAGAAAAUUGGUCGCCACUGGUUACGGUUACACUUUUACCCGGUUGAGAACCCCGAUUAUAAUUUGAAAUCUGCAGUCUUCUCUGUCGUUGCAAAUGGAAUCACACUGCUUCACGAAUUCUCUUUCGCCGCGAUAUCAGGCAAACGGUCAUCACUUCUUAAGGAAUUCAUCAUUGAAGUAGGUGGUUUGAGCUCGAACAAAUUGGUGUUAACAUUAUCUCCGACCAACCGUUCAAUCGCAUUCCUUAAUGGGAUCGAGGUCAUAUCCCUUCCUGACAACCAGUUCCCCGAAACUGCUAUCCCUAUUCCAGUGGGUCCUGCGGUUGAGAUCCAAACAAAUGCAGCGUUUGAGACAGCUUUCAGGAUAAACAUGGGAGGCCCGCUCUUGACUCCUAGGAAUGACACUUUAUGGAGGAUUUGGGAACCCGACCGGCCUUUCCUCCUCAGUCUUGCUUCUGCCCGUAAUGUUUCUACAAACCCCAGUUCAGUCAAAUAUCCUGCUGGAGUAUCGGUUGAAAUUGCGCCCAACUGGGUCUAUGCUACUGCAGAGGAAAUGGCAGAUGCAAAUGUUGGUGAUCAGAGAUUUAACAUCUCAUGGGCGUUCAGAGUCGAUUGUGGCUUCACAUAUUUCAUUAGGAUGCAUUUUUGUGACAUUGUCAGUGAAGCUUUGAAUACUCUGGCCUUCAAUGUCUACAUUAACAAUCAAUCCGCUUUGAAUUCUUUCGAUAUCUCAAGCAAGACAAUGCAGCUAUCAUCCGCUUACUUUGUAGAUUUUGUUGUGAAUGUUUCAACGGGCUCAGACCAGAUUUUGAUUCAAAUUGGUCCUUCCAAUCUGAGGAAUCUCCCGCCCAAUGCAGUCCUCAAUGGUUUGGAGAUCAUGAAAAUUAGCAACCACAAUAACAGCCUUGAUGGGUCUUCCUAUGCAGAUUUUACUGGUUUCAAGGGCCCCAUGAAGAUGAACUUUAUUGUGCUUACCGUUUUGUCAUGUCUUGCAGGAAUUACACUCUUACUGAUCACCAUAGCAGUUGUUUUGUGCCUAUAUCUCCGUCACCCAAAGAAGCCAAAGCAGCACCCACUAGCCUGGUUGCCACUUCCCACCCAUGUGGGGAACUCAGAAACCAAGGUUUCAAUUGGUAGUUUUGCCUCAACAUCGCCUUCCCUUGGUCUAGGACGUGUACUAGCUUUUUCAGAAAUACGUGAGGCAACGAAAAACUUCGAUGAGAGCUUGGUUCUGGGUGUAGGAGGCUUUGGCAAGGUUUAUAAAGGUGUGUUGGAGAAUGGAGUUGUGGUUGCUGUGAAACGUGGCAACCCAAGAUCCCAGCAAGGAUUAGUAGAGUUCAGGACAGAAAUAGAGAUGCUCUCCAAGCUUCGCCAUCGGCACCUAGUUUCACUUAUAGGCUAUUGUGAGGAGCUCAAUGAGAUGAUCCUUGUAUACGAGUUCAUGGCUGGCGGUUCCCUCCGGAAACAUCUUUAUGGUUCAGAUCUUCCCCCUCUUACAUGGAAACAGAGGCUUGAGAUUUGCAUUGGAGCUGCCAAAGGUCUACACUACCUUCACACUGGAGCUUCCGAGAGUAUCAUCCAUCGUGAUGUCAAGACAGCGAACAUUCUUCUCGAUGAGAACCUAACUGCGAAGGUGGCAGAUUUUGGCUUGUCGAAAUUAGGUCCCACGCUAGACCAGACUCAUGUAAGUACAGCUGUGAAGGGGAGCUUUGGGUAUCUUGAUCCAGAAUAUUUCCGCAGGCAGCAACUAACAGAGAAAUCUGAUGUGUAUUCCUUUGGAGUGGUGUUAAUGGAGGUAUUGUGUGCCAGGCCAGCAAUUAAUCCAGCCCUGCCUAGGGAACAGGUUAACAUAGCAGAGUGGGCCAUGAACUGGCAAAAGAAAGGCCACCUUGAGCAGAUAAUUGAUCCCCAUCUUAUGGGAUCUGUUAACCUUGACUCUCUACGUAAGUUUGGUGAAACAGCACAGAAGUGCUUGGCAGACCAUGGUGUUGAGAGGCCAACAAUGGGAGAUGUUCUAUGGAAUUUGGAGUAUGCUCUUCAGCUUCAGGAGGCUUCUGCUCAGACUGUUGCAGAUGAGAGCAGUACAAAUUAUAUUCCGGAUAUACCAGAAUGGACUCCCCCAAUUGAAUCUAGUGAUUGUGAAAAUGCAGACAUUGUCAGUAACCAAGGGUCUGAUGCAGCCACUACAAGUGCAGUGUUUUCACUGCUGAUGAACCCAAAGGGUAGAUAGUUUUCAGGGGUUAGUUUCCCGAUCUCGAUGUUAACAAUUUUAUGAGUGAACUAUAUGUAUGUAUGAAACAGCAGCCAUGACAAGUAAAAUAUGAUUGCAAGUUUGCAACUGAUGAAACCAUAUUCGUAGGGGGAAAUUCUCAAUCCCCCUGUAUUGCUUGACAAUACUAUCGUUUAUUUUCUUUUUCUGUAACGCAUAUGCAAUAAGGCUAAGGCUAUCUAUUUCAUUGACAA